CAAACAUGAUAUUCAACAAUAACCAACUUGACUAAUUAGCCCCAAUGAUGUAAUUGCAAGGAGUGUUGCAUUAGUCGCAAAGUUAGUACUACAUUUCUAGGGUAUUCCCGCCUAACUUUUAGCAUGAGAUUGGCGAAGUCGCAUUUCUCAUCCUUCUCAUGGCGAUCCGGAUUAUCCAAAGACAUCCUAUCAGCCGGCAGACCCUUCGUCCCGAACUACAUCGGCUUCAUUAACGUACGGACACCCUCAAAAGACAUUCUACAGAGAGCCCUGAGCUACGAGGCCUCGCGGAUCCGCCGUCCCAUCACAAAGCAGGGCACACGGGACAAGCCGAGGCUUGCGGUAACAUGGUCCACGAAUCAAAACACAAGCUGCCGCCCAUGUUUAGGCAUAUCUCAGUGUUGAUAAGUUAUUUGAACUGGACGGAGGCGGAUUCAUUCUCUGUCGGCCUGUCGGCCACGGCUAGGAGCCCACGCUCUAUCUACUCCGUGUUGGCCGUCUUAUAUACAGAAUAUGCAGACGCUUUAUCACUUUACUGAGGUAUUUCCUAUUAUGGGCAAGGAUGCACAUGGUAACGAUUGGUUUGGUGGACAUAGGGUAAAGGGUGGCUUGGCCAGGAUUGAGGAACAGUUG